CGACGAUCCAAAGAUGCUGCGAAGUGCUGGGCGUACCCUCCUCCUAGGGCGUCGCUUAGCAUUGCCAGCUGGCAGGGCGAACGCGUCCUUGGCAAGGAGUGUGGUGACGCUCUCGAAAACAUCGGUGUUUCCAACAGCCGAACACAGUCCACCGGCACAGCGCGCCCCCCAGGGUUCAGGUCGGGCGAGCAACAAUGACAGGAGAGGCUCAGAAGCAGAGGGUAGAUCAACGGCGGUGGUACCAUUCUCGAAACUCGGCCUCAGCGAACAACUGACACAGAGGAUUCACGAGACAUUCCCGCACAUACGAAAGCCUACACAUGCGCAACAAGCAAUACUGCAGCUCUCCAGAGAGCCAUGUGACUUCAUUUUGAGGUCACACACAGGUAGCGGCAAAUCUUUCUCGAUGUUGCUCGCCCUCUUGUCAAAGCCGCGGCUGGUCCUCGAGAGCGGCAAAGACGAGUCUUUGAAACGGCAGAACGCCAUCAGCUCGAUCAUCGUCGUGCCCAGCUCCGAGCUCGCCGAGCAAUACAUGGGCUGGGCUAGAACCCUGUGGCCAGAAUCGAUGGAAUCAUCGCUCCCGUCCGUGGUGACCUGCAUGCAUCGUGAUCAAAAUACAAGUGUCGAGGAUCAUCUCAAGCAGCUUCGCGAUACAAACCCUCACAUCCUCGUCGUGUCCGCCACAAGAUUUCAGGAGCUCCUUGACAGACCUGCGGGUCCCGCUACUCUGGGUAUCUCGACUCUUCGUACCCUGGUCCUGGAUGAGGCAGACGCACUCUUGGACCUCCCACCUCGGUUUCCCUCGAAAAAGGCGCUGUGGAGGCAUCAGCGACAUCCACCUGCUGGACUGACGUCGCUCAACCAAAUCAUGGCAAUGCGGGCAACGUAUUCUGGAGGACUCCCUAUUCCAAGGGCAGGGAUGGAAGGCGAACGAGUCAAAGAGAGUAUCCGAAGGGUGCAGCACCAAGGAGCUGAUGAAUUAUACCGGAGGUCUCAGGAGAAGAACGGAAAGGGACUCCGUCUGAGUCAGUCGAAGACAAGGAGCCGAGGGGAAACGCCUCUCCAGCUUAUUGCGCUCAGCGCUACAGCCAAUGCGGUCUUGCGGAACUUCCUUGGUGCGAGAACGGGUUGGUUGAGGACGAAUGUGCGGUCCGAGAGCGAACAACGCAGGCGAAAUGGAGGAGCGGGCAAGUGGAUAGACUUGACAGGACUUAGCAAAGGGGAGGUCCCGAGGGAGCAGGGCAUCGACUAUCCGAAAUUGGAGGCUUGGCCGCUUCAAAUUCCGAGGCAGAUCGUGCACUCGUGCAUUGUUGUUGAUGAGCCCUCCAUUCUUCCGCCCAGCGAUGUAGGAGGAGGAGAGAGGAGCGAGCUGAGCCAUUGGAGGAACCUGAACCCUGGAGAAGUUCGAAAAGGAAAGGACGUCGAACCAGAAGAGGAAUCGGAUCCAGCGCAGACAUCAUUUGCGGAGAUGGCAGAAGGCCAGGGAGAAGAACAAGAUGUUGAAGAGCGAGGAACCGAAGAGACGAACAAAAGAACAGAGGGAACGACAACAAUUGUCCCGCCUGUUCCGUCCUCCACUGGUCAAGUGGAUGUCUCGCUCCUGGAAAUGCUGGCCUACCUCUUUGCAAUCCGCAACGUACACCGCGGUCUCGCCCUCAUCUCGCCCCGGUGGUCUACUCGCGCCGUCGUCGAGCAUCUGCAGAGCCUUGGGGUGCCCGCCACCUCAUCCAUCCGCCGAUCGGCCGCCUCUGCGAAAGUGAAGGAGGAGAACGAGCUCGUGGUUCUGAGCGCAUCUCUAGUGCGUGGGCUGGACGUGCCAAAGCUCGAUCACGUCUUCCUCGUGGGUCCUGGCAGCAGCAUGGAAAUCGAUACCGUGUCGUAUGUCCAUGACGCGGGUCGAGUCGCUAGGAUCGGCCAAGAGACGCAGGGUGUGGACGAGGAAGCGGCUAUGAGGUCAAGUGGCAACAUAGUCUCAAUCGUCAAAGGCGUUGAUCCGACGAAGCCAAAGAGGAAGGGUCACAUUGAGAGGAGCACGGCGGAACUCAAGAUGUCUGUCAUUUUCAAGAGGCUAGACGUCAAGUGCGUGCCGCUCGACUUGGGUUUGCCGGACGAGAUCACGGAAGAGGAGGUGGCAGUCACGCAACAGGAAGUAGACGGUAAUAAUCUCCAACCUGACGGCGAAAAAGCAGAGAGGAGCAUCGACUUGGCUGACGAGACCAAAGCCGACGCAAGCAAAGAGGAUACCGAGGCUGCUAGGUCCUGAUGUAACACCGCAAGAUAUAACAUGUACUGUACAAACACCACCCCUCUUUUGUAGUACUACUAGACAAUGCAACUCAUGCUGAU